AUGUCAGUCACUUCAAAUCUUCAAGACUACCCAGCAUUGGUAUUACACCCUUUUACUGUCUCGUACCUCAUUGAAACAUUUGGCUUUUCCAAAAAAUAUGCUUUAACCAUCUCAAAACAUAUUAAUUUUGAAACUUCAGAAAAACCUGAUUCUAUCAUCGCUUUUUUCAAGAAUCAAGGUUUCUCUGAAACCCAUAUCACUAGAAUGGUCAAGACUCAUCCAUCUAUUUUGAAUGAUGUUGGAGUGCCACUAUCCAAUAUUAUUUCGAUGUUAAGGAUUCAACCUCAGAUAUUAUUUAAAUCUCCAUCUAAGUUGAAGGAAAUUGGAGACACAAUAAAGAACAUGGGAUUCGAUCCUACGGGCAAGCGAUAUCUUUACGCUCUCUUUGUAUAUUCUUCCAUGACCAAAGCAACAUGGGACAAAAAGGUUGAUCUUUUCAAGAAGUUGGGCUGGUCCGAGGAAGAGAUUUGUAAGGCUUUUCACUUGCAACCCAUUUGUAUGAAGACCUCUGAGGAUAAGAUUACGGCAAUAAUGAGUUUUCUGGUGAACAAAAUGGGAUUUACCCCUUCAGCUAACCUGUUAUUUUGAUGUCCAGUUUGGAGAAGAAGAUUGUUCCAAGA